GGCAGGUGGGUGCUGGAACCUGAUUACAGGGGUGUCUACUGCCCAUUGUCAUGUUUGUCACUCAAUGCUGAAUUUGCAAAUGGAAGUAAAAUUUUGAUGAAUGCUUUUGUUUUAGAACCGAAUUAUUUACAAACAGAAGCAUUCAUAGGUAUUACCGUACUUCAUACAGCUCAGCAGAAUCCUGAAGUUUGAUUCAGUUGAAUGGGAUCCUUUUAAUGGACUACAACUGAUGCUAUGUUCUUUCACCAGGAGGGACCUGUCUGCUGGUCUAGCUCCCUACAAGGUAGAGGCAUCACACCCAAUUAUGAAGACCAGCAUCUUGCUCAUGCUUCUUUGGGGGCUAUCCUGCGCUCUCCCAGUAGCCAGGUAUCAAAAUACUGAAUCUGAGAGCUCUGAUGAAUGGAAGGGUCACUUGGCUCCAUCGCCAGCACCACCUGUGGAGAACAGUGAGUCAUCAGAAGAAAGUAAAGUUAGCUCAGAAGAACAGGCAAAUGAAGACCCCAGUGACAGCACGGAGACAGAGGAGGACCUGACCUCUGAUGAUGGUCACUAUGUUUCUGGAUCAGAUGGUGGUCUCUCUAGGAGUGCAGGGAAAGAAGAAGAUGAUAAAGAAGAUGAUGAGGAUGACAGUGGAGAUGACACCUUUGGUGAUGAGGACAAUGGCUUGGGGCCCAAAGAGGGUCAAGAAGGUGGCAUCUCCAGACUGGGCAGUGAGAAGGAUUCUGCUGGUACCACACAGUCAAGGGAAGACAGUGCCUCCCGAGAGGACAGCAUCCAAUAUCCAGCCAGUGACAGCAGGGACCUUGAUGGUGAGGAUAGGGUGGACAGUGAGAGUGAGGAGCACUGGGUGGGAGGUGGCAGAGAGGGGGACAGCAGCCAUGGGGAUGCCUCAGAGUUCCAUGAUGAUGGAAUGCAGAGUGAUGACCCAGACAGCACUAGGAGCGAGGGAGGCAGCUCCAGAAUGGACAAUGUCAGUGUAAAAUCCAAGGAGUUCCAAGGGGACAGCAAGAAGGAAGGCACUGAGGACUCAGGUGACAAACAGUCAGCGGAGUCUCCCAGUAGGAAGUUUUUCAGAAAGUCUCGAAUUUCUCAGGAAGAUGACAGAGGUGACCUGGAGGAUAGUGACACAAUGGAAGACCUCAAGAGUGGUUCCACAGAGAGCACCAACUCCCAAGAAGAUAGCCCAGAUCAGUCUAGGGAAGAUAGCAAGAGUGACUCUCAAGUGGAUAGCAGUGAGAGCCAGUCCCAGGAGGAUGGUGAGUACCUGCAGGAGCCCAGCAGUGAGUCCAGUCAGGAGGUGGACCUACCAUCCCAGGAGAGUAGUAGUGAGUCCCAGGAGGGUGUGGUGGGUGAGUCCAGGGGUGACAAUCCAGAUGCUACCAGCCAGGAAGACAGUGAUUCCAGUGAGGAGGACAGCUUGAAUACCUUCUCCAGCUCAGAGAGUGAAUCCAGAGAGCAGCAAGCAGACAGCGAGUCCAAUGAGAGCCUCAGGUUCUCAGAAGAAAGUCAGGAAUCCCCUGAGGAUGACAACAGCUCCAGCCAGGAGGGCCUGCAGUCCCAGAGCAGGUCCACAGAGAGCCACAGCCAGGAGAGCCACUCUGGGGAAGACACUAACAGUGAUUCUCAGGACAGCAGCCAGUCAAAAGAAGAUAGCAACUCCACAGAGAGCACAUCCAGCAGUGAGGAGAAUGGCCAGCCCAAAAACAUGGAGGUUGAAAACAGAAAACUGACAGUGGACUCAUUUCACAACAAACCCAUUGGGGACCAAGAUGACAAUGACUGCCAGGAUGGCUACUAGCAUCUGCUGUCCUAAGAUGUGGCUCUCACAGAAAGAGAUCCUGGGCUUUGAGAAUAGGGAAAUCACCGUAACUGUAAUUUAUUGAUAUUUUAAUCAGAAAUACCAGUCAUUACUUUUUGAAAGAAUUUGCUAAACAUCACAGUGGUUUCAAGAGUGGCACUGUUCCAUAGAAGUUCAAAUAACAUAGAGUGACACCAGGACACACUCAAUGAGCUUGGAAGCCAGGAGAGAUGUGCUCACAGCUCUGCACCUGAAAUGACUUUGAGCUCAUUAACCCAACAGAUGGUUACUGGGGUUCUGUGAUGCACCAGACACUGUAUGAGAUGCUAGGGAUACAGCAAAGUUUCAGACUCACUUCUUGCUCCUGAAGAGCUUCUAGAGAGAUGCAGAGAGUUAAAGAGGGGUGUAUAGGAGGGCAACAGGAAUUGUCAUGUGGUGAAGGCCAUUGGGGAGAUAUGAACAAAGCAUAUGGGAGCACAGAAAGAGGUGACCAACUUUGCCUAGAGAGUUAGUGAAAUGCAGUGGAGAAACCACUGGAGUCGGAGGGUAGUGUAGGAUUUCUCCUUGAAAACAAGACAAUUCUAUUUACUCUGGGGAUUAAAUAAUAGUAAAUCUUAUGUGUGUGAUUAAAUAUUUAGUUUAUAAAGGCACUUUCAAACUGGCACAAUGAGGUGUUUUGGUUGAAAAAAAAACCUUUUUUUUUCAACUAAUUUAUCUUACUCAGUGUUUUUUUAUGGGACUCCCAUGACCACACUCUGAUUGGUGCUGGUAGGAGGACUAGGGAGGAGAGAGCAGGGAACCAAAUUCCCCUUUACCCACAAAAAUUUUAGCAUCAUUUUUUUUCUAAAAUCAGUUUAUGUGCAAUGCUAGAAAAUAAUGUUCUCUGGGUUCUCUUCGUACAUUGCAAAAUUCUGUAUAUAAGAUUCAAUUGAUUUUUGUUAAAUACCAUUUGAAA